AUUACCGCUAAUAUUUCUGAUUUCGCGAUUAGGCUAAUUCUUCAGUUAUUCAAAGGUACCAAGUCACUAGCUAUAAGUGCAGUUUGUGGUAGAUGCUGAAGCACAUUCUUUGUGCGUGGGAGAAAAAGCGCUUGAUUUUGGCUUCAUUUCAGCGCGCAGGCUGACGCCGCUGACGCCGCUCCUCCGCCAUCUUCAACUUCCUAUUGUUUGCAUCAGACUGAGGCUGUCUGCGGUGUGUGUAUGAGCAGAAUCGGCCACCGAUUUAUCAUUUCAUAGUAGAUUGCGUAACGUUGUAGCCUUUACGUUCGCAAUCGCUUAGGUUCAGCACAAACAUUUGUAUGUCAUUGGACUAAAGACCUCUCAGGACCUGAGCACUAAACCUUGAUGAUGGAGGACGAUCAACCCAGAACCUUGUAUGUAGGGAAUCUGUCCAGGGAUGUCACCGAACCCCUCAUUCUGCAGGUCUUCACACAGAUAGGACCCUGCAAGAGCUGUAAAAUGAUAGUUGAUACAGCCGGAAAUGAUCCAUACUGCUUUGUGGAGUUCUAUGACCACAGGCAUGCUGCUGCCUCAUUGGCAGCCAUGAACGGAAGGAAAAUAAUGGGUAAGGAGGUCAAAGUGAACUGGGCCACGACACCAACCAGCCAGAAAAAAGACACAAGUAAUCACUUUCACGUCUUCGUUGGAGACCUCAGUCCAGAAAUAAGUACAGAAGAUGUCAAAGCUGCCUUUGGUCCAUUUGGCAGGAUAUCAGAUGCUCGUGUUGUGAAAGAUAUGGCCACAGGAAAGUCUAAAGGCUAUGGAUUUGUGUCUUUCUUCAACAAAUGGGAUGCAGAGAACGCCAUUCAGCAGAUGGGGGGUCAGUGGUUAGGUGGCCGACAGAUUCGAACUAACUGGGCCACAAGGAAGCCCCCUGCCCCAAAGACCACCUAUGAAAAUAAUUCCAAGCACCUAUCCUUCGAUGAAGUAGUGAAUCAGUCCAGCCCCAGUAACUGUACUGUGUAUUGUGGCGGAGUCAGCACAGGGCUGACAGAACAACUUAUGAGACAGACCUUCUCUCCCUUUGGACAAAUCAUGGAAAUCAGAGUUUUCCCAGACAAAGGCUAUUCAUUUGUGAGGUUCAACUCCCAUGAGUCAGCAGCUCAUGCCAUUGUGUCAGUGAAUGGCACCUCAAUAGAGGGCCAUAUAGUCAAAUGCUACUGGGGUAAAGAGACCCCGGACAUGAUGAGCCCAAUGCAGCAGAUGCCUAUACCCCAGCAGAACAAGAUGGGCUUCGCUGCAGCCCAGCCCUACGGCCAGUGGGGUCAGUGGUACGGCAAUGGGCCCCAGAUUAGCCAGUAUGUCCCAAACGGGUGGCAGGUCCCUACAUACGGGGUCUACAGCCAGGCCUGGAACCAGCAGGGCUUCAAUCAUUUACCGGCCAAUGCUGGGUGGACUGGCAUGAGCGCCAUCAGUAACGGUGGGGUUAUGGAGCCUACACAGGGAUUGAAUGGGAGUAUGCUAGCCAACCAGCCCGGUAUGGGAGCCGCAGGAUACCCCACACUCUGAUAAGUGGGCAGGGUGGGAGAUUUCUCAACCACCAGCCUCUUACUGGCUGUACAGUGCCCUGCGGAGCUGUGUAACACCACCUCCAUUUGUGGCAGGACUCUUUACUGGGAUGCGGAACCUAAUGGGAAGGUUGAUGCCUAUAGGGGAUGUAAAUGGGGUUUUGUGGGGUAUGGGUGGGGGUUGGGGGGGCCUAGUAACAAGAGCCAGGGAAGGGUGAUUUGACCCCCACAGGUGUUGACGCCCUUUGUGGUAGACUGGCCAUGAUCCAGGACUCUUUACCAUUUUUAAGUUAACUGUAAAUGAGUAUAAAACUGUAAAGAAAUUUUUUGUUUUUUUUUCGGGUUUUACAAAUCGCUUCCAUUUUCACAUCCUCAGACAGCCACAAAGAGGUUUGUCAUUUUUUUCUUAAAAAAGAAACAAAAACAAACAAAAAAAGUAAAUUCCAAAUCAUGCUAAGUUAUAAACCUUAGUUAUUAUCUGAGGAAUGGAAAUCUGUUUUGUUCUGACUUUCUCUUGGAUUAAAAUCAAUUGCAGGGAUUGUUGCCACUGCUGUUUCUUUGUAAGGGCAGGUAAAUAUUGCACAGUUUUUCCUCUCUUGUACUUGGACAAUUUGAAAACCAAGAGUUUCCUUUUUGGCAUUCCAUUUCUCCUUAAAUUUUGGACAGCCUCAAAUCUUUUCGCCACGUGUAAAUAACCAUCCAUUCAUUUGAAACGAUGUAAGUAAAAGGCUACUGUUAACUGUGGGUGCUUGCUUUUUUUGUUUUGGUAAUUCUACAGUUAACGCUAACAUUGUACGUAGCAGAGUGGCACUAUCAAAUGUGACACUGGCACAGUGCAACACAUGACUCUUCCAUGCAGGGAUAAAACAGCAUUGCCAUGCAGUGCAUACUUAAAAAGUAACACAAUUCUAAUGUCAAGGAGUGAACCUGUUUGACAUUUCUGAUGUUUUUUAAAUGUCUAUUGAAAUGCCAGUAUUUUUUAUCAAAUCUGAAUGGAUUCAACCUUUACACUUGCUCUUUUUUGCCACAGAACUGGGGAGGCCUAUGUUUUAACUGUUGCCUUAUAGAGCUGGUUUCUUUUAGCUGACAAGACACUUUUUAAUUAGGCAGUGCCUACAGACAUUUUCAGACCCUUUUAUUUAGAAAGGUGUUGGCCCUGAGAACAGAUGACUCUGCUACUGUAAUCAAUGUUUUCUUGCUUUGUCCAAUUAAAAUGCUAAUGCACACAAAGCACACUGUGGUGGUUUAAUU